CGCAACAAGUCCCGCAACAGACACCAGGCCUCACUCUCCUUGCGCUGUGGCAGGACCACAAACUUACUAAUAGCAUCCGUUUCGGCCUCCGUCUCCUACUUGCCUCCUGCGCACAUCGACAGCCAACCCCACUACAUCCCACCUCCGCCAAUUGCAGCUGGGGCGCGCCAUGUACAUAUCGCCGCUGGAGCAGCAGCUCUGCCGCAACCUGCGCGAACUGCCUCGGCGGCACAACUACCGAUACACGCCAGAAGCAGAGCGUGAGCUGCGCGCCAUCCUCUUUCGCUCCCUCGCCGGCCACCCUGUCCAUAUCCCACUCUUCUUCCCUUCUGGACUACCCACCGGCCAGGACAAGCCGUGGAGCUUGCGCGACGCACAAGGCGCACUAGAAGGCGCAGAGUACACAGCUGCAGCAAAAGGAAAGCCGUGCGGCCACAUCUUCAAGAACGGCGAGGGCACGUAUCGCUGCAAGACAUGCACAGCCGAUGACACAUGCGUUCUCUGCGCGCGCUGCUUCGACGCUUCAGACCACGAGGGCCACCAGGUCUUUGUUAGUGUCUCACCUGGCAAUUCAGGCUGCUGCGACUGUGGCGACGAGGAGGCAUGGAUACGGCCCGUCCAUUGCAACAUACACUCGGCAGACACAGAGUCUAGCAACAAGACAGCUGGGAAAGCGAAAGAAGGCUCGUCAUUGCCGGACGACGUGCUCGAGAGCAUCCGCAUGACGAUUGCAAGAUCCCUCGACUACCUCAUCGAUGUCUUCUCCUGCUCUCCGGAACAACUGCGUCUGCCCAAGACCGAGGAAUCGGUCUUGCAGGACGAGCGCAACUCACGCCUUAGCUCGAAAUGGUAUGACCCCGGUGAUCAGGCUGAAGAAAACCAGGAAUACUGCUUGGUCCUCUGGAACGACGAGAAGCAUACUGUGACAGACGUUCAGGAGCAGGUUGCGCGGGCUUGCAAGCAGAAGCAGGCGUUUGGCCUCGCAAAGGCCCACGAAGUCAACGAUGUUGGUCGCAGUGCUGUCGUGUACAGAUCAGAUGUGAAGGAGCUCCUUCGUAUGGCUAAGAUUAUCGAGGAAAUCAAGUUGACCGUGACCAUCCGGUCUGCGCGAGAUACCUUCCGAGAGAUGAUGGGCGGCGCUAUCGUUGAGUGGAUUUCAGAUAUCGCCGGGUGCAGUGCGGGUGACGAUCAUCAGGUACUGCGACGCACCGUCUGUGAAGAGAUGCUGAAGCCAUGGCGCAUCGGGAGCGCAGCGUCCAACGAAACCAUCGGGAAAGACGGUCUAGACGAUCAUGAACUGGAGGACAGAGAGAACGAGGAGAGGAGUUUCUUCAGAGGACUCGUACCUAUCCAGAGACGGGCUCAGAUUAUACGGAUACGUGGGCAACGUCGGCAGCGUACACACGAUAGGACGGACGAUACAACAGCCUCAGAUGACGAUUUCGACGACGGCGAUGACGAGGGCGAGGGCACGGCUGAUGCCGGAGAAGAGAUGGAUAUUGAUGAAGUUGGCGCCCAGGACAAUGAUGGAGACGUAGAGAUGGAGGCGUUUGAGAGCGCAGACGAGGCCCUGGAAACAUCAGAGGCCACCAUGGCAGGGUAUCCUGCUCCACCUCCACCUCCUCCAGCCCCAUCGCAGUUUUCGGCAGGACAAAGAGCACAGCAUGAGCAGAGUGACACCCCUGCAGAAUCUGACAGCGAGCCUCUGGUCGGUGCACCAUCACUCAGUCGUGUUGAGCCUUUGAUGACAGUGCCUGGAACACCUCAUACACGAUCACUGCCACUGAGACCAUCUCGACCUCUGCAGCACUGGUUGGAGAAACCAGAAGGGUAUGGCAGAAGGCCUGGGACACCGGCUCACGAGGACCUUUGGCAACGCCUGCGUCUCGACCGCCUCAUCUUAUACGAUCUGCGCAUGUGGAAACAACUUCGAAUAGGCAUCCGCGACGUAUUCAUCAGCACUGUCGUGUCGAUUCCCGAAUUCAAGCGUCUGCUUGGCCUCCGCUUUGCUGGCGUAUACACCGGCUUGGCACAGCUCUUCCUUAUUGCCGAUCGAGAGCCAGACCAUUCAAUCAUCAACUUGUCCCUCCAGAUGUUGACAACGCCCUCCAUAACUUCGGAAGUGGUGGAGCGCGGCAACUUCCUCACGAACUUGCUCGCCAUUCUGUACACCUUCCUGACUACUCGUCAAGUCGGCUACCCAGCGAAUGUCGACCCGAAGGCUACCCUAGCUUUUGAGCAAGGCGCUGUGACAAAUCGACGGCUACAUCAUUUCUUCAUGGAUACAAAGUACCUCUUAGCAUCAGAGUUUGUGCAAGACAAGAUCCGCGAACAACCACGGUACCUUUCACAGUUCUUAGAUCUGGUCAAACUACACCAAGGUAUAUGUCCUAAUCAACGUGCUGUCGGCGAGCAUCUCGAGUUUGAAUCAGAAGCCUGGAUCAGCGCAUCACUCAUAACUAGAGAGAUCAACAAGCUAUGCCGACAUUUCGCAGAUUCGUUCAUCUGGAAGAAGGGGGAAGACGCCACAAACAUCUGCCGAGCUAUUCGAACCACAGCGGAAGUAGUGACUAUCAAUUCGUUGGGCGCUGAGCGCAAACGCUUCGAUCAAGCCGAGCUCAAAGACGAAACCAAGUUCAAGACUCUGGAAGUGUUCGAAUUUGAUGCAGAGCCAUCGAAACUCUUCGGUCCCAAGUACAAGGUCGUCGAUUAUGUUGUUGCAAAGGAGCACAUGAGCUUCCACCACGCUCUCCACUACACGCUGUCCUGGUUAAUCGAUCGGGCACGAAGCAUGUCGCCGGAUCAUGUACGGCAACUGCUUCUCUUCACUCGCGACGAACUGCAGAUCCGAUCCAACCCUGCCCUCAUCUCCUCACAUCAACCUGAAGACUACCUGCUUGCCGUCUUUGACUUUCCUCUUCGAGUGUGUGCAUGGUUAGCUCAGAUGCGGGCAGGUAUCUGGGUUAGAAAUGGCAUAACGUUACGACACCAGAUGAAUCAGUACAGGAGUGUUUCACAAAGGGACGUUUGCCAUCAGAGGGACCUCUUCCUCCUACAAUCUGCCCUGGUUUUGUGCAACCCUUCGGUGUUCUUGGCUUCAAUGAUCGAUCGUUUUGGACUGACAGGAUGGAUGACCGGAAAGUACGAAGCUAGUCAACAUGGCUUCGAAGACACCCAGGUUAUCGACGUGGUUGAAGACUUCGUACACCUCCUUAUCAUACUGCUCAGCGAUCGCACCUGCCUCGUUCCGGCGGAGGACAACAGCGAAUCGCACCUUGCUGCCAUGCGACGAGAUAUUGCGCAUGUUCUGUGCUUCAAGCCGCUCUCUUUCUCUGACAUGACGGCACGAUUGUCAGAUCGGAUACAGAACAUGGACGAGUUCCCUGAUGUUCUUCAUGAGAUGACACGAUUCCGAGCACCCGAAGGCUUGUCGGAUAGUGGCACCUUUGAGCUGAAAGAACAAUAUCUCGAACUGAUCGAUCCCUACGUCCACCAGUACAAUCGCAAUCAACGAGAAGAAGCCGAAACCAUCUUUAGGAAUUACAAAGCAAAGAAGACAGGAAAGCAAGCUAGCGACAUCGUUUUCGAGCCAAGUCUCCGACCAGUCACGUCCGGACUCUUCCAGAACAUCGCUGGCUUCACAAGGACACCACUCUUCGCUCAGGUUAUGUACUACCUCUUGGGUUAUGGUCUGAAGGCAACUGCCGCGACACCCAACAUACCUGACACGCGCGUGGAGACGUACAUUCAGUUUGUGCUACAACUGCUUCUCGUUGCCAUUCUCGAGGAUAAGUCUGAGCAACGCGUCUGGUCUGAGGAGAUGCCCGAUUCUUUUGUGGUUUCUGUACUCACAAAAUCGGCGAAUGUUGGCAUACCCGAGCGACCGACUAUCCUCUCGCUUCUGCUGGCUAUCCAGGAGAAGGAAGAGUACAAGAGUUGUGAGUCCAAGAUCGGUUUGAUUCUGCACCGACUGAAGCAGCGGCAACAACACAGAUUCAUUGUGGCAGCUGCAGCUCUCAAUGUCCCCACCGACAGGAUGGAUACUGCAUCUCCAGCAAGCUUUGGACUCGAGGAGAAAGAGCUGAAGAAGAAGCAGGCUUUGGAACGGCAAGCGAAGGUCAUGGCAGCCUUCAAGGAACAGCAAGGCAAGUUCAUGGCCAACCAAGACUUUGACUGGGGAGAAGAUGACUUCAGUGACUUGGAAGAUGAAGAUGGCGGCCUGGUCGAACAAGAAAAGACAUUCAAGUACCCCUCAGGGACCUGCAUCUUGUGUCAAGAGGAGACAAACGACCAGAAGCUCUACGGUACCUUCGGAUAUAUCUCAGAAAGUCGCAUACUUCGACAGACCGAUCUUCAAGACAACGAUUGGGUAGACGAGGUAACGCAGACCCCUACCAGCCUCGAUCGCUCGGCAGAUGAGGUUCGCCCAUUUGGUGUUUCUGGAAAGAAUAGACAAGUAGUCGAAAAGGUCAAUGCUGGGGGAGAACGUGUCGCGACAGAGAGGCAAACUCUUGGGAAAGGCUUUCCCCGUGCACAUGUCAAGUCAGGCCCAGUCUCCACUGGAUGUGGACACAUUAUGCACUACGCAUGCUUUGAGGUCUACCUUCAGGCGACUCAACGGAGGCACGUUGGUCAAAUUGCUAGGAACCACCCUGAACGUCCCGAGUUCAAAGAGUUCAUGUGCCCACUCUGCAAGGCUCUAGGCAACAUGUUCCUACCGAUCAUCUGGAAGCCGAAGAAGAUAUUGCACCCUGGUGCGCUGGAGACGACGGCAUCGUUCGACGAGUGGCUUGAGACCCAUGUUGCAACGAUGCACAAGAAUUUCGAGAACGACAGAGGCAAGGCUUCAGCAGGGGAACUCGGUCAAGAUCGAAAGAAGCUGUACGAUUACGGUCAACAGGGCUUCAUCCAGAACAUCGCAGGUCAUCUUCCGGACCUUGUCAGAGCACCCGUCUUUCCACCGCCCACGCAAGCAGCAACAGCCCCACUACAGCAACAUCGAUUCCAAAUCCCAGCGUUUUUAGGAGGAGGUUCACGAGAACCUGAACCUGAACCUAUCGCACCUGUCACACCAAUGACCGAGCUCUUCAAAGUGUACCAGCGACUGCGAGAUACUCUCAGUUCAAACGACAUUCCCUCUGCUUUUACACACCUGCCUGCGCCAGGAACCGACAUCGAGGACUUGACCCACACGGAUUCACUUGCCCAAGCUCUAGGUCACUCGAUCUCUGCGGUGGAGAUUGCCCAACGUGGCGUACAGUCGGACUUUGUCAGGGGCACAUUGAUUGAUAAGAUCUCUCCACAGACUUUGACCCACCUCCAGAUUUUGUCAGAGACUGUAUCGUCCUACGUUGCCAUCGGCAGUCUUGGGAACCAAGGAUCGAGUCUCACGGAGAUGGAGUAUCUCCGCACUCAGUAUGAGCAGAUCCGCCAACUGUUUGUUGGCCACCCUGGAGUGUUUGACCCUGAGGUGCUUCCUCUCGAUCUGAAGACCGUCACGCCUCUCUUGUGCCAGGACCCAUUUGUAUUCCUCACGCAAUGCGCAGCAGGCACCGUACCAGCCACAGGCCUCGACGUGCAUCACGUCUUGCGUCUGUCUUACUUGGCAGAGAUGGUGCGCGUUGUCCUGGCGUACACCAACCCCACAGAGGGCCACCAGAGUGCACCGCACUUUCAGCAGCCAGAGCGCUUCGUCAACUCAGAGAAAGUGAGCAACGGAUUCUUCUCCCCCGAUCAGGCGAAAAACCUCCUCUUCUUCGUCUGCGCCGUCUUCAACGUAGCAAGUAUGGAAGACUCUCCAGCAUCACUGGACAUCGACAACAUGCCCAUCCCCGAUCAGUUCAAAGACCCCAACUUCCUCUACUUCAUGCACACCAUGUUAUCCUCUUACGCCCUUCCUUUCAUCCGCAAAGCUGCAAUCCUCAUGCACGUCCGCUACGGCAUCGAGCUGCCCCCUACCCCAAUGGACCAGGUCGAUGAAUCCGAACUCUCCCGCCUCACCACGCUCCUGCGUCUCCCCACUCUCCACGACAUCUUCUCAUCCUUCGCCACCCGGUCCAACUCAGGUCACAUCACACGCUCCAUCGUCGGCGGCUGGGUGCGGCAUCUCUUGUGGGCCCAAGCAGGGAACCAGCCCCUGCGACCUACAAUCUCGCUUUCGCAUCCUGCCAUCUUCGAACUCGUCGGCCUGCCCAAGACGUAUGAUACGCUUACCGACGAGGCGAUACGCAGGAAGUGUCCGACGACAGGCAAAGAGCUUACGGAUCCGGCGCUGUGUCUGUUUUGCGGAGAGAUCAUGUGCUCCCAGGCUGUGUGCUGUAUGACAGGCAAAGGCCAGAGGGGCGGUUGUAACCAGCAUUUGGCCAAAUGCGGCGGCCAAAUCGGCAUCUUCAUCCACAUCCGCAAAUGCAUGGUUCUCUUCCUCAAUCGCAACCACGGCACCUGGGCCGUCGCGCCCUACCUCGAUAAACACGGUGAAGUGGAUCCCACGCUCAGACGACACCAUCAGCUGUUCCUCAAUCAGAAGAGGUACGAUGCCUUGCUCCGCAAGGUGUGGCUUGAGGGCGGCAUUCAGAGCCUCAUCGCACGGAAGCUUGAGGGCGAUAUAAAUAAUGGCGGGUGGGAGACUUUAUAGGGAGAUCUUUUGGGGAUGAAUUUGGGGGAGCGGAGGAGGUGGUAGGCGAUGCAAGAUGGAGAGCAGUGCAUCCUAAAGGCGUUUCAUGCUUAUGU